AACGAAUUGUCAUCGCGAGACUGCAGUGGUCCUCCCCUUUGUGAUUCACGUACACGUUUACGUCUCAUUUUUGGCAUAGUUUCGUGGAGUGUGGGAGGCGCUGCGUGCCUCUUUGUGCGUAACUCAAGCAAAAGCAGUGAGGGGAAUGUCGGCUUGUGAAUGAUCGGUGUUUGAGACGGCAGGGAGCGUCAACGUUAUGGCUCAACAGAAGAACCUAGAAGGAUAUGUUGGCUUUGCAAGCCUCCCGAAUCAAGUCUAUAGGAAGUCGGUGAAGAGGGGCUUUGAGUUCACCCUUAUGGUCGUGGGUGAGUCUGGACUGGGCAAGUCCACAUUGAUCAACUCUCUGUUCCUAACAGACCUGUAUUCAGCAGAGUAUCCUGGACCAUCACACAGAAUCAAAAAGACUGUGCAGGUGGAGCAGUCGAAAGUUUUAAUAAAGGAAGGCGGUGUCCAGCUGCUGCUUACAAUAGUUGACACCCCAGGGUUUGGAGAUGCUGUCGAUAAUAGUAAUUGCUGGCAGCCAGUCAUCGACCACAUUGACAGCAAAUUCGAGGAUUACCUCAACUCAGAAUCUCGAGUGAAUAGAAGGCAGAUGCCCGACAGCCGAAUCCACUGCUGCCUUUACUUCAUUGCCCCUUCAGGACAUGGACUGAAGCCCCUCGACAUCGAGUUUAUGAAACGGUUGCAUGAGAAAGUGAAUGUGAUCCCCCUCAUCGCUAAAGCAGACACUCUCACCCCUGAGGAAUGCCAGCAGUUUAAGAAGCAGAUCAUGAGGGAAAUCCAGGAACAUAAAAUAAAGAUUUAUGAGUUUCCUGAGACGGAUGACGAGGAGGAGAACAGAUUGGUCAAAAAAAUAAAAGACAAGUUGCCACUAGCUGUGGUAGGCAGCAACACCAUCAUCGAAGUGAACGGCAAGAGAGUUAGAGGGAGACAGUACCCCUGGGGGGUUGCAGAAGUUGAAAACAGUGACCACUGCGACUUCACCAUCCUCAGGGAUAUGCUCAUCAGAACUCACAUGCAGGACCUGAAAGACGUGACAAACAAUGUCCAUUAUGAAAACUAUCGCAGCAGGAAGCUGGCCGCUGUCACCUACAAUGGAGUGGACAACAACAAGGCUAAAGGACAGCUGUCCACCAAACUUGAAACAGUUGAUGGAAUGAGUCCUCUGGCCCAGAUGGAGGAAGAGAGACGAGAGCAUGUGACUAAGAUGAAGAAGAUGGAGAUGGAGAUGGAGCAGGUUUUCGAGAUGAAAGUCAAGGAAAAAGUGCAGAAGCUCAAAGACUCUGAAGCAGAGCUUCAACGGCGUCAUGAACAAAUGAAAAAAAACCUGGAUGCUCAGCACAAGGAGUUGGAAGACAAGAGACGCGUGUUCGAGGAAGAAAGGGCAAACUGGGAGACCCACCAGCGCCUGCAACAGCAGCAGAUGGAGGCCACCAGGACCCUGGAGAAAAACAAAAAGAAAGGCAAGAUCUUUUAAGGACAGUCGGCAGGACCACCGCCACUCGAGAAAUUUAUGUUUGCCAAUGUUGCCAGUCAGGACACCAGUGUGUGGCUCUGAUGUUACCCCACCUCCUCCCAAUCUUCCUCUAUCCUCCCCUCUUCUCCCCGCUCUCCUCCCCCUCUUCUUCUGUCCCUGCUCUGUCUGCCAGCACAGCUGUGCUCCUGCUCCCAGCUGCUAGAGGGCGCACUGGGGGCAUUUGUGGGUGUGUGAGGGGGCCUGGGGGGGGUCUGCAUGUAAGGCCAGAACAGCCUCUGCAGAGCCCCCUGGCUGCCUAAGAACAGCCAUUAUCUUCUUCAUCAUCCUCAAGGAAUGUUUACUUUCCAUAUUAUUUUAAUUAUUAUUAUUAUUAUUGUUGAUGUUAUUAUUGUUAUACUAAAUACUGUUCUCCACCCCCAAAUCGGCUGCUUUCUUUCUUCCCAAGGUUGCUUUUAAAUGACUGGUGUGUGUAGAUUUAUCAUUUACCGGGGGCCGCGCCAAUGUUUAUCUUUUGCUUUAAUUUUGUGCUGAAUAAAUCGUUAGAGAAUGAUAAUGAAAUGCUGAAUAUGGAAUAUAUACCAAUAAUCUUUAUAAAUGGCGGCCAAAUUUCCCCAACCUUUAAACAUCUGUGUUGGCCCGCAGUUUCACAAUCGGUUCAUCCCUACAAAUACCCACAAGUACAAUCAGUUUCUGUUGAAAUGCUUGUUUACAGGAAAAGUUAAAGUAUAUGAACAUUUAACCUGACCUUCAAAUGUGUAUCAAAGUAAGAAAAGGACAAGGCAUUAACGAAUCCUUUGUUUUGUUUUGGUUUUGGGUGUACCUGUUAAACCUGUAACCCUCGUCCCAUCAGCGCAGCAGGCUAGAACGAAACACUGUCGGUAGAAAACGCGAGAAAAUGCACCUUGGGCCUUUUUAUAGAUAACAAAAAAUGGCUAAAGCUUCUUUUUUUUUUUCCUGAAAUAUAACGCUUUCUUUUUCUUGUGUGUUUAGCUAUGUUCACUAGCCUCGGACCACCAUUUAUAUUGUCAUAAGUGUUACAUUUCACUUUAGUUUAUUUUUAUAUAUACCGAGCCAGCUGAAGUAAUAACUUCUUUUGUAUGUUUAGAAAAAUCCUCAGAGACUUGACAGCUGCGUGUCCACUGUUAAAGAAAAACACUUCCAAAUAUUAACAGUGAUUCUGGACACAUUGAAAAAAAUAAAAUAAAAACAGCCCACAUGUUAUUUCAGUUACUCUGCGGAAACCAUCAGUGGGAAAUGAAGAGUCAACACCACAUUUUGCUUUGGCUAUGUACUCCAUCUCUGUAUUUUUAAUUUUAUUUUUCAUUUGUAAUGUACAAAGUCACUUAAUAAACCUGUGAUAUUGAAGA